AUGAAUCCUUCCAGCCAAGCCCAGCCCCAUCAAACCGACCAGGACAAACAAACCAUCGCCUACAUCGAAGCGAUAAUGUACCAAUUCAAAGACUCCAUCAACGCCAAAGAUUUUCGCAUGCCGCACGAGGUCAAACCCGGCGAGCAGCCUUCCAUCUGGCGGUACAUGGCCGAUUACUUCGACACCGAGCAGGACCUGGUACAGAAGACGCAAGCGACGACGCCGGGGCCUUCGAAGUUUGGGCUGAAGGAGACGCUAGAGAGUUACAAGAUGGCGGGGGCGGCGUAUCCGGAUUUUCAUAUUGAGGUGAAGGAGAUGAAGACGGAUUUGGAUGUGAAGGCGGGUUGGGCGACGGUAUUUGUUAAUCUUGAGUCUUCUGGUUUGCCGAAGGAGGUCACGAGAACGAGUGUCACGGUGUUUGAUUGGAAACGACGGAAUGGAGAGUGGAAGUGUGUCUCCUCAUGGGCUGCCAAUGGCAUGCCUGGCAUAUGA